UAAAAGAUUUUGGAAAAAUAUUUUUUUAAAAAAUGCAAUUAGCAAUAAUGAUUCUCAACUACCAUCUAACAUGAUAUUGGCGUUCUAUACAUUUUUUUUAGUGUCAGAAGGUUUGCUUUUAGGCGUUUUUUUCAACCGGGAAAAAAUCAAAAAACAAUUGAAAAUAUUUUGUAGGUGACAAAAAAUAUAAAACCUGCAAGAAACUUCGUUGAAAUAUUAGGAAGUGGAUAUACUUCUUUGGGCGAUGAAAUGUCUACCAAAUUAAUUCAAUUUUUGGCAAGGUAGGAAGGGGAGAGGGAGUCAAUAUUUGCUUCCGAAUUUUUUUUUCACAUUGCCCUAGAAAAAAAAUUUGUAAGGUGGAUAAAAUAAAUAAACAAUUUCAAAGAUGAAAAAUUGCAAAUUGAAGCAUUUUUUCAGCUAUUUAUUUCGUAGCGAGGGUGGAGGGAAGGUCGUCAUUUUAUCGAUUUAUUUUCUUUCAUUUAAAAGAACACUCAUCAAUUUUGAUAAAAGUGAAAAAAACAGUCAACAUUUUUCAGAUAAAAACAGUUUUAGGCCAAAAGUUUUCAAUUUAAGAGCUCUUUUACUUAAUUUUUUGCAAAAAAAAAUGUGUUUUCGUCAACGUAAAAAGUUCGAAAAAGUAACCAAAAAGCCAUCAAAAAUGAUACAAAACGCAAAAAUAACUUUUUAAUGUAAAAAAAAAUACUUAUUUAAAAAAAAAAAAAAACAGAACAUUUCAUUUAAAAAAGCAAAACAAUACGAAACAUUCCAAUUAAAAUCUAAACAUAAAACUCGAUUGAAACUUCUGUAACUUGAGCUAAACGUAGGACUUUUCUUGGAAAUUUUUCACAAGAGAAUGUCACUUUUUCGAAUUUUUCUUAAAAAAGUGAGGUAAUUUUGCAAUUUCUGGAUAAAAAAUCGAAAAAUUUUAGCAAGGCUUGGGCAAUUUCAACAAAAGGCAAGACUUUUGACAACUUCUUGUCAAGAAGUGAGACUUUUGAGCAAUUUUUGAAAAACUGAGACUUUUUGGAAUUUUUUUGAAAAAAAGCAAAUUUAAGGUCUUUUUAAAAAUUUGUUGCAAUUUUUUAAAAAGAUCUUGGUAAUUUUGACAAAAAGCGAAACUUUUGAGUUUGACUACUUUUGGUGGAUAACGAGACUCAACAAUUUUGUCACAAGAUAAGGCUUUUUAAUGAUUUUUGAGAGAAAGCGAAGCUUUUUUGUAAUUACAUACAACAAAAGUGUGACUCUCUCAACAUUUUCAGCAAAAAAGUGAGACUUCAGGACAGUUUUUUUUAGGUGUUUAUAAUUACUAGAUUAUUACACCUGUAUAAUAAAAAGAUAUUAGAUUUGGUUUGUGAGGUUGGUGUUUUUUAUUAAGGAGAUGAAUUUUUGUAUUUCGGAGGUUGUUUUGAGUUGUGUAUCUCGUUCUCGUCUCAUCAUUCUCAUGUUUUACUCAAGAACUCUGACGAGGAGUUGAAAUUUGAAAAUCUUCGCUAUCGAUAACUAUACUUGACCUUUUACCGGUGAGUUUUUCAACGAUUUUUUUACUUGUAGUUGAGUGACAUAAGUUGACUUGAGGUAUGUGUAGAUACUAGAUAGGUAAGGGAAAUACCCAGUACCUACCCACCUACCAUUAUUCGAUCAAUUUUUAAUGUUUGUCGUUUGUCAAUAAUCUGAUGAUUUUUUUGCGAGUUUUCAAUUGUUGUAAAAUCAUUUUAACAAGACUUGACGAUAUUUUGAAACAUAUUUUUGCUGUAAUUAUCUCAAUUAUGCUGCAAUUUCAUCAAUUUUCAAUCAAUAUAAAUUGAUUUUUUUCCAGAAUAUUUUUUUCCUGUCAAAUUUUACAUGUUUCCAAAAUUUUUAUGUGCAAUUUCGGCUUCCCCCAUAUUUUAUUACUUUUUGGUGAUUUUUAUGAUUUUUGCUUCUCCUGAACGGAAGAAUCUAUAUAGAAAAAACCGUAACCUUUAUUUUUUACCCGUGAGCUUUUUUCUGGUCACAACAGUAACCUUGAUCAAUAAUUUUGAAAAAAAGUAAUCGAUAUUUUAAAUUUCUAGUGCACCAAUGUCUCACUCCGACGACUGCUUUUAUCAAUUACCUGUAAAAUUACGUUACAAUUACGAUUAGUAUUUACGAUUACGUUUCUCGAUGGAACAUGUUCGCCAUGGCCAUGUGUUCGCGAUUCUCUCGAUGCAGGAGAUCGCGAUUUCCAGCUUCCGCUGCAGUUCUAGAUGAUUUUUAUGGCUAUUUUUAGCCCUUUUUGUAUAGUUUGUCGUCUCGUCGACUCAUUAUAAUAUAGGUACCUCUACCUACGUUAAGAUGUAAUGUAAAGUUCUCGUUGAAUAAAUGGUUCGUUAAAAGCGUUUUGUUAAAUUAAAGUUCCUUUUCGUGUUGAGAUUUUUCAGUAAUUUACCUCGAUGUUUUUUAAUCAUGGAAGUAAAUUAUAGUUCCAUGGGUUUAAUCCGCGAUUUAUCGAUUUUUUCUUCGCCGAAACGACGAAUACGAGUCGAUAACAAUAUACCCUUGAGAAGGACUUUUCAACUUUCGUGUGCAAAAACUGUUUUUGAUUCAGAAAGUAGAACACUUCAGCUUAACUUAAUAUCUAAUCAAAAAAUCGAUCGUAUACCUAGUGUGACUAUUUAUUUUGUACGUAAUUGAUGUUUAAAGUUGGACAAUUUUCAGUGGGGAACUUGUUUUCCCAUUUUGGCUUAUCCGAACCAAUCAAAACCCCUUAUUCUUGGACAAAUGCACACCAGGUAGGCCUACUUUGACCUGAGCAUGUGCUACCUGCAUUCAUCAUCGUCCUCAGAAUCCGAUAAAGAUAUGGUUUCAGGAUUCGGCCUCCAAUACAAAUUUUGGAAACAGAUUCUGAUGAAAAUGAAGAUAAGUAAAGUAGCCAUGGAUUCGGAUUCGAUUAUGUGUGAACAAAUCAUCAUCGGCGGUUAUAUGUAUACGAUCGGUGCAACGAAUUGAUCGUGUUAAAAUCAACAACAUACUUAUGUGGAAAUUGUCAAAAAAUAUGUACCUAUGGAUUCGGAUUCAAUUAUGUAUAUCUACAAGUCAUCAUCGGUGGUUAUAAAUGUAUACGAUCAGUGCAACGAAUUCAUCGUGUUAAAAUUAACAACUACCUAUGUGGAAAUUAUCAAAAAGUACGUUAGAGUAUUUACUUACUCCAGGUAAUGUAUGAAAUAACUAGCUACUUCAUACAUUAACGAAAAGUACCUACCUAUUUAAUGCAGGGAAAUUGUUCACAGUUGACCUAGGUAAUGUAUGAAGAAUCUAGUUAUUCCAUGAAAUAGCUAAAUACAGUCGGUACCUACCUACAUAAAUUCGUACAGUGCUCAAUUUAAGCUCUCCGUCGACCGUUUUCUAUUCUUACUAAUCUUAGAAAUGACCGAUGAGACAAAGUAAUAAGUGCUUUCGAAAGCUCAUUUCUUCCUCUUUCCAAUGAUGUAAUUACUUUUUUCAUUUGAUGAUGUUAUCACGACGAAAAAUUCAUUUCUAGUAACGCAUGUGGAAAAAAACACAUUCCAAAAAUAUUCGUACGCCUCCCAAAAUGAUGGAAAAAAUGCCUUUAAACUCUGGCUUUGCUUCGGAUUUACACGGGGAUGAUACCAAUGGGUAGCUGGGACCCUGUUGGGACCAUGAUGAAUCGAAUGCACACCGAGUUGACUCAGCUAGCUCUCUAGCUCUUCGUGGGAGGGAGAAAAGUGUACCUACCUAAAGUUGGAAUUCUUUGGACGUACGCUAAGCGCUCAAAUUUUGGGGUAAUUGAAAAAAUGAAAAUUCCAUCUGGUAGAGGAAUAAAUUUUCAACAGGAUAGGUUUCUAUCUAUCUUUAAUCGUACAGGCGCCAUUUACGAAAUUACUGAUGAAAAAAAGUACAUUUUAUUCUGUUUUCUAUUUUUAAGCGAGUUUUUCCCCUACAAUUUCAUAGAUACCAUAAAGGUGAGAUGACCAUCGUGGUAGGAAAUUGAAUUUUCUACAAAAACUGUCCUCUGUACAUAUCGGGUAUCCUCAAAAUUGAAGGAGCAACGGCCUUAAGAAGCUAGUCUCAUUUGUAAUGAAAGAAAGAAGUCAUAAUGGGUUUUCUUUUCUUUUUCAAAUGAGAAUACCUGCUGUAGGUUUGAACAUGUUUGACUUUUUUUUAUAGAAAAACUAAUUUCUUACAAAAAAGGUCAAAUAUAUUGUUCAAACCUGCAGCAGGUAAGUACCUACGAGCAUCCGUAGGCUGUUCCUCCUUCAAUUUUGAAGAUACUUGAUAUGUUCAGAGAACCUUUUUGGAAAUUCAAUUUCCUACCACGAUGGUCAUCUCAUCUUUAUGGUAUCUUUGAAAUUGUAGGGGAAAAACUCGCUUAAAAAUAGAAAACAGAAUAAAAGGUCCUUUUUUUCAUUAGUAAUUUCGUAAAUGGCGCCUGUACGAUUAAAGAUAGGUAAAUGAUGAUGUAACCUAUCCUGUUGGAAAUUUUUUUCUCUACAAGAUGGUAUUUUUUCAUUUUUUCAAUUACCCCUAAAUUUGAGCGCUUAGCGUAUGUCUAAAGGAUUCCAACUUUAGAUACACUUUUCUCCAUCCCACGAAGAGCUAGCUGAGUCAACUCGGUGUGCAUUCGACUCGUCUUAGUCCCAGCUACCCAUUGGUAUCAUCCCCGUGUAAAUCCGAAGCAAAGCCAGAGUUUAAAGGCAUUUUUUCCAUCGUUUUGGGAGGUGUACGAAUAUUUUUGGAAUGUGUUUUUUUCCACAUGCGUUACUAGAAAUGAAUUUUUCGUCGUGAUAACAUCAUCAAAUGAAAAAAAUAAUUACACCAUUGGAAAGAGGAAGAAAUGAGCUUUCGAAAACACUUAUUACUUUGUCUUAUCGGUCAUUUCUAAAAUUAGUAAGAAUAGAAAACGGUUGACGGAGAGCUUAAAUUGAGCACAGCUGCAGUACGAAUAUUUAUGUUACUGACUGUCAUUGUAUGAUUAGUUAAACAUGAAAUAAGCUGUAAAAAUAUUUUUGUGGUGAAUUUAUUUCAUCGAGUGAGAGGGUUUUUCCCACUUUUUCAACGGAUACGUACAAAUAGGAGCCAAAUGGGUCAACUUCAUCAGUCAAAACUUUUGUUCAUGUUUUAAAUUAAAAAAUCGCAUUUCGCAAACUUUCAAUUUUUUAAAAUCGACUUUACGACAUAAUGCCAUCCCAAUUUUUUAAUAAUGGUGUUCAUCAUGAAAAGUUGUCCGUAAUGUAUUUUUUUCAGAAUUUUUGAGAGUCGGAACGAUAUGAAAACUACGUUUUGAAACUUUUCGAGCUAAUUUUUCGUACGAAAAAAAGUGGCGACACUGAUUUUUAUGAUAUCUUCAAAAAGCCUUUCAAAACCCCUCACUAUUGGAAAAAGUCCCAUUUUGGUAGGUAUCGCAGUUAUCAAGUAUAAUCCACUGCUGAAAUAGAUGAUAUUUCAAAUUCACCGAAAACAAACUUUGACACCCCCUAGCAGUUUUUAAAAAAGAGCUAGAGAGCUGCGAUUCGCGCCCUUGGUCAUCCCUUUGGAAGGUCUUUCCACAGGAAAAAUUUCAAAAAGAUCACCGACCCCCCCCCCCCCCUUACCAUUUCUUGGUCGAAUUGACGUGGAAUGACCCUUCAUAUAUGUUCUAGCUUUGAAUUAACCUUCAUUUCGUACUUUAUCGCAGCUCAUUCGUUGAAUUCACACUUUAACUAAGGACACCUCGUGUGUGUAUGAAAUAACUACCUAGGUAAAGUGUAGAAAAAAUAUGUACCUAUAAAAUAACUAGUUAUUUCAUACAUUACCUGGAGUAAAUACUUUAACACCUAUAAAAUUUAAUUUUGAUUAUUAAUACAAUUAUUGGUUAUUUUCUUCAUGUAUAAAAAAUUUUAUUUCGAGUACCUACACAACAUUGUUCAGGUGCAAUUGAUGAAACUCGUUAUUUUUCAAUUCGUAGACAAUGUGAACUUGAAAAUUAAUUUGAAAUUUUGUUACGAGGUAUAUUCAAAAAGUAACGUCCGUUUUGCGCAUAAAAAAUUUAUUAAUGAAGAUAAACAAAAACAGUUUGAAAAUUCAAAAUCUACUGACCUUCCUUUACUUUUUGACAUAGUCACCAAAAUUAUAUAUGCAUUUUUCGCAACGUAGGAGGAAUUUAUCGAUGUCGCUUCAGUGAAAUUCCGUGCCCAAGUUUCAUAAGCGAGAAAGCGUUUUUUGUUGCAGUUCUGCAUCAUGUAACGUUGUUUUUUGGUGUCAAAAAUUUAAUUAUAAAGAUAGACAAAAACGGUUUGAAAAUUUGAAAUCUACGAUCUUUUCUUUACCUUUCAACAUGGGUACCAAAAUUUUUUAUGCAUUUAAAGUGAUUAAUUGAACGCACUCUUUCUUGGGCACAAAUUGACAUUACAGCGUUCAUUGUAACCCUGUGUAUUAAACGAACAAAAACGUGUACAGGGAUGGUUAGUAGGUCAAAAGAUGCGGAAAGGUUCAAGCUUUCCUCUCCUGCUUCAAGAUUCUGGUUUCAUGCCAUAGAACUCAAGUGAUAGCCAAAAAGGACGCCACUUUUUGAACCUACCUCGUAUUUUUAAGCAAUAUGAAUUCUAAAUACCUAUUGAAUGAAAAUUUCACAAUUAAGAGGCAAUACGAAAUUCUAAACAGUUAUUUAAAAUUUUGUCAUAAAUAGAGACAAUGUGAAUUGCGAAAAUUUAUUAAAAUUUUUAUGAAUUAUUUAUAGCAAUGCAGAAUUCUGCAAAUUUAUUUGAAAUUUUGUAAAGUUUAAAACAACGCAAUAUAUAAAAAUAAUUAACGGGAAAUUUCUCAAUUUAGAGGCAAAUGCAAGCAUUGCAGAAAUUAUUCUGGAGUAUGGAAACUCCGACAAAAUGAAAAACAAUUUCUAAUUUAUAGUCAAAAAAACAUUUUUUGGUUUUAUCGAACUGAAAAAAGUCAUACAGGUGCCUUGCACGGGUAGGGGCUUAAAAUUUUUCUAUGUAUGUAGUCUCCAUUCUAAAGUAACCUUUCUCAUCAACUGUUGUCAAAAUUAAUGGCAUGGUUUGUCUGAGAGGAGGGACGAGGGAGGAUAGAGGGAGGUAAUUUUCAUUUUUAGCUCGAGUAUUUUGUUUCUCCUUCAAAAAUAUUUGUUCUAUACUAAUUACCUAUUUUUUUUACUGUAAUAAUAAUUAUGGCUGUCUUAGAUGUAUACCUACAUUUUUUUUUUCAAAGUGACUUUAGUUGUCUGAAAGGAGGUAGAGGGGUGCAAUUUUAUUUUUUAGCUCGUUUUCUUUCAUUUUUCAACAAGAUUGUUGCAUUCACUUACCUUAAAACUUCACUGAUCAAAAAUUUUCGAAGAUCCAGAAGAUUAGUGAUAUCAGGGCUAAUGAUGUACCUGAUGUUAUUGUUAUCAACACCACAGGGUACCUAUUCCGUAUUAGUACAAUUUCGAUAACUGUGAUGAGUAAGUUACACCGUGGAUGUACUCAUCCACCAUUUUGUUCUCUAAUUAAUAAAUAAUAAUCCAAGUAUUUCAAUUUCAAAUUCAAUCUUCUAAUUUCGAAAUUUGAAAGUGAAACUGAGUGAAUUAAAGGUUUUAGUUCUGCUUCUCUAAUUAAAAUUGCGGUUCUAAAAUUUUUAAGGUUCAUAUGAGAGAAUGAAGAAUUUUUCAAUUGAUUUCUGGAAAUAUGAAAUAUUUUUUUUGGUUUAUUCUUUGCUUGCUCAGUAUACCUAUAGGCACUGCACCUGAACCAAAAUGGCGUAUGCAAAUACUACUUCCCUUUAUAGCGCUUUAAAUUGUACCAUUAAUUCGAUUAUAAGUAAUUACUUUAUAAUAUGAACUCUCACACGACGUGUGUAAUAAUCAUACAAUUACAAACACCCAAAUAAAAUAUAGGUACUUACACUUAGUAAGUAUUAUGAAUUCAAUGCUCAUUUUUUAAUUAUUUUUAUUGAGAUAAUGUAGGUACAUUCAUUUUUUUAAAUGUACCUACUUUAAAAAAAUUAAUUUAUUAAUUCAUUUGAAGCAUUACAAUACUUAGCUCAAACAGUUUUGAUGAAUAUUUUCAUGUGAACUCCUAUAUGUUCGAGAACAUUUUAUUUUUAUUUUGAAAGGGUUAAAAAAUGAGUCGUUUUGCGUAUACGUAAUAUUGUUAUCUUGUAUGAGUCAUAUGUCGGGGUAUUUGUCAGCCCGAUCGGCCGGUUCGUUCGGCGCGCGCCACCUGUUAAUAUUUAUACGAUACCUACCAAAUUGUAAAAUGUUGCAUCAUUGUAAUUUUGUAACCUGCCGAAUAAAGAUAUGAUACAGUCCACAAUUUGAUUAUUUACAUGGUCCUUUCGAGCCUGAAUUUGCUUAAAAUUGGUUAAUUAAUGGAUUUUUAUUUGUGAUUAUUUUUUGUUCUGAUCGACGUGAAUACAAUGAUCAAGUGAGUCGGCAUAUUUUCAGUGAAUUAUUCGUGCGUUUUUUACAUCGACACAGGUAACAGGUGCGUUAGUAUCUUAUCAACGACGCGUGAUUUUUUGGAAGACGUUGCGCCUGUUGUUUAUCAACGUUGUGAAUUAUUUUUCGAUGCCGCGCGCUAUUUAUCGACGCCAUGCGCUGUAUUUCGACGCUAUUUUGAUGCGGUAAGCUAUUUUUUGACUCCGUGCGUACUGUUUUUUCGACACUGAAAGUGUAAUUGUGCCGCCACACGUAUUUUUCGUUGCCGUACUAUUAUUUCACUUACCAUGGCAGACGGUAAUGAUAAAAUUUCAAACCACGGUGAUAAUAUUUCGAACCUUGGAGGAAAUCCAAGCCAACAUAGUGAUGACAACCGGUCAAAAAAAAGUAAGGAGGACGAUCUUCACACUCGUUCCCAUGCCGCAUCAACCUUUAUAAACACUUCGAGGCAGAAUUGGAUUGCUACAGCUACUGCGAGGUGUAAUGUUCUAAUAGGCGAUCUCAACGAACAAUAUGAGUCUGCGCAAGAGCUUGCCGAGGAUCAAGGUUUGCCCUCCAAAAAAGCGACAAUCGCCAAAACCGAGUUAAAAGAUUUGGAAUUAAUAAAGGAAGAAUUCUGUAAAACGAAUUCCAACCUGAUCGAAGUAGUUUCCUCAGCCAAGGAGAAUCCGAUCGAAUACGAAGUAAGCCGUAUGCGUUUUAUGACUACUUAUCGUAAAACUCGUAAUAUUUUUCUUUCGAUGGAACCUAUACCUGACGAGUCAUCAGUGCCUAGCUCAAAAUCGAGUAAUUUGAAAAAUUUAAAAUUGCCAAAAGUUGAGAUUCCAAUUUUUGAUGGAACUUUUAAUAACUGGACCUCGUUUAAAAAUUUAUUUACGUCGUUAGUUCAUAAUAACAAUGAGCUUGAUAAUGAAGCAAAGCACCAUUUUCUUCAAACAAAAGUUUCCGGUGAUGCCGCAACAAUGAUUGUAAAUUUGCCUACUGAGGAAGAUAAUUAUGAGAAGGCUUGGUCUAUACUACUCAAACAUUACGACGAUCCGUUCCGGCAAAUCGACGCCCAUUUUAAUGCUCUUUGGAACUGCCAAUCUUCAAACAAGGGGUCGCCGACCCUGAAAGAGCAGAUGGUUCUUUUUAGACAGCAUACAGCUGGUCUUCAGGCUAUUUUUAGAAAGAACAAGAUCGAUGGUUUCAGUCAAAGCAUGCAGUAUUGGUUUCUCAAAAAAUGUGACAAGGGUACUCAUGCAGAGUGGCAACGUGAGCUUUCACGAAAUAAAAGUUUCCGAUCUCUCGACGAAUUCUAUGAUUUUAUGGACAAUCGUAGUGCCGCUUAUCAACGUACUUCGGCGAAUAAUGACGCAUCAGCGAAUGGUAGCAAGACAGCUGUGAAACGUAAUCAUCAUGGUGUUGCAGUCGUCGGUGCCGCAGCUACGAAAUCGAAGUAUUGUGUAUUCUGUAAAUCAAGACAGCACUACAUUCCAGCCUGCCCAGACUACAGAAAUCUUUCUGCGCUCGAUCGUUUCAAGUUUGCAAAACGAAGCAAACUAUGCUUUUCCUGUUUCCGUUCAGACUGCCGCCCCAGCCGGUGUGCCAGACAAGUUUGCAGAAAAUGCCAAGGGGCUCAUAAUACGCUUCUCCACAUCUCGCCUGAAGAAUGGGCUACUUCAGCUCCACCUCGCCAACCAAAUUCGACACCAGCUCAGCAACAAGCUGAAUCUACAACUCCGAAUCAACGCUCUACUGAAGGUGAGUUGAGUAUUUCAAAACCUACAGGUAAUUUUGAUAAGGUUUCCGAUGUACAUGAUACUUGUAAUUCAGAUAUUGUAACUGUUGCAAAUUAUUUAAAUAUUGUAAAGGGUAAUGGGCUCAAUGUCUCUAGUAAUUCUCCGAGAGUGAUUCUGUCAACUGCAAUUGUAUUAAUUACUUCGAAUUUUUCAAAAAUUCCAGUUAGAAUAUUAUUUGACCAAGGGAGUCAAUUCAACUUUAUAUCUCGUUCAAUUUUGAAAGACCUCAAAGUUCGUGCUGAAGCAGUGGCUGUUUCUGUUUCGGGCAUCAGUGCCAAUAAUACCUUUGUAAAUCAACAAGUUCAAGUAGAAAUUCAAUCAAAGCAUUCUGGAUACAGAGAAAAAAUUCAGUGCCUAGUUUUAGAUAAAAUCACUGAUCAAUUACCAGCACAAUCUUUUUCAAUUGAAAAUUGGAAUAUUCCACCAGAUAUACCUCUGGCAGAUCCGUCGUUCAACCUCCCAGGGGAGAUCGACAUGCUGUUAGGAGGAGAAAUUUUCUGGAAGGUGUUAGGUAACAAACAAAUUCAAUUAGGGAAAAAUUUACCAACUUUACGUGAAAGUAAGUUGGGUUGGUUAGUUACUGGUUCAAUUACAAUUUCAGAAAAUGCUGGUAGACACUGUUUAUCAGUGUCCCAGCAAGCUGAUGAGCACCUCUUAGAUUCGUUGGAGAGAUUUUGGUCUAGUGAAAAUUUAGAUAGGGAAAAUUUGUCUGCAGGUGAAACAGCUGCUGAAAAAGUUUUUACUGAUACAACUUAUAGAAAUAAACAAGGUCGUUUUGUAGUCAAAUUACCAUUCAAAGAUUCGCCUAGUCUUUUAGGGAAUUCAAAACAUCAAGCACAAAAUCGUUUUUACUCACUUGAGGCUAGAUUUAAGAAAAAUCCAAAAUUUAAGGAGAGGUAUGUAGCUGCUAUUGAAGAUUUUAUAAAACAAGGCCACAUGGUGGAGGUCACUGACCACACUGUGAAAGGGCCAGAAUACUACAUUCCUCAUCACGCAGUUAUAAAAGAAACUUCUACAAGCACAAAGUUGAGAACGGUUUUUGAUGCUAGCAUGAAAACUUCAAACGGAGUGUCUCUCAACGAUUUGCUGCUGGUAGGCCCAGUUGUUCAAUUGGACCUCCUCUCAAUAUUGUUUCGAUUUCGAAUGCGGCGUUGGGUUUUUGUUGCAGAUAUAAAACAAAUGUACAGGCAGAUAAUAAUUGAUGAGAAGGACACUACGUUUCUCCGAAUUUUUUGGCGAGCUUCUGAAGAUGAACCUCUGAAGGUUUAUGUAAUUCUAGUGUUACUUUUUGGUUUAGCACCUGCUCCAUUUCUGGCCACAAGAUGCCUAAAAGCUCUUGGGGAUGAAAUUCGCGAUCUAAAUUCUCUAGUCAAGGCUGCUCUAUAUUAUGAUUUUUAUAUUGAUGAUGCACUUUCAGGAGCUGAUUCGUUGCACAACGCCCUAAAAUUACAAGCAGAUUUAAUGGCAACAUUGAAAGCUGCAGGCUUUGAAUUGGGAAAAUGGUGUGCGAAUCACCCUGAUUUGCUCAAAAAUUUACCUUCUGAUAUGAUUGAAACACAGUUUCCCUUCCAAUUCGAAGAUAAGAAAACUAUUAAAACUUUAGGCUUAUUAUGGCUUCCCAAUGAAGAUACUUUCAAAAUUUGGUUUCAUGUCCAACACCCUGAAAAUGCUAAAACCAAACGUCAAGUGCUGUCAGUUAUAGCUUCUAUUUUUGAUCCGAUUGGAUUUAUUGGUCCAGUCACAGUAAAGGCAAAACUGAUUAUGCAUGAGAUUUGGAAUUCGCAUAAGGGUUCAAAGGGUAGCUCUAGUUGGGAUGAUGAAAUAGCAGAUGAUUUGAAGAAAAUUUGGAUAGAUUUCGCGUCUCAAUUAAAUCAACUAAAUGAAUUUUCAUUUCCUCGAUAUAUAUUUCCUCUCAAUGAAAAGCAUAUUUGUUUAGAAAUUCAUGGUUUCUGUGAUGCUUCUGAGAAGGCAUACGGAGCCGCAGUAUAUGUACGUUCUGUGACAAGUACUGGCUCAGUUACAGUUCAUCUAUUUUCAGCAAAGUCUAGAAUAAAUUCAAAAAAGCAGACAAUUCCCAGGCUUGAAUUGUGUGGGGCGCUGCUAUUGAGUGAAUUGGUGCACAAAAUCAAAGAAACCUUACAAAUAUCACAUCAAAUAAGUAUCAUUCGUCUAUGGUGCGACUCUACAGUUGUUCUUGGUUGGUUAAAUUCACCAGCUCAACGUUGGCACACAUAUGUGGCCAAUCGAGUUCAAAAAAUCACUGAUUUGACUUCUGAUGGGAUUUGGGAUCAUGUGGGUACCAAAACAAAUCCUGCCGAUUUGAUUUCUAGCGGCACUUCUCCGAGUGAAUUACGGAAUUGUGACCUUUGGUGGAAGGGGCCAAAUUGGCUACAUACUUCAAAUGUUCCUUGGUCAAAAGAUAUUAAUUUCGUGAACGGAUCAGAAUCUCUCCCAGAUCUUCGAAAGGUUCAAACCAUUCAUUCUUUUAUCACAACUGCCAACGAUCUGAUAUUUUCAAAAUUCUCAAAUUAUUCAAAAUUGAUCAGAGUUGUAGGUUAUAUGCUCAGAUUUGUGCACCAGGCACACCCCUACGCACCUAGAAUAUAUGGAACUUUACACUUAAUUGAACUUGAUAUUGCAACAAAGGUGCUUAUUAAGGUAACUCAACAGCAAUAUUUUGGAAGUGAAAUUGUUCUUUUACAAUCAGGACGUGGAUCAGAAUUGCGUGGUCCUCUCUAUGGUUUGAAUCCAUUUCUGGAUGAUUUUGGCCUAAUUAGGGUAGGUGGUCGGCUUGGAAACUCGGAUCUGUCUUUUGAACAGCAACAUCCAAUUGUUCUGAGUCAACAUCACCACUUCACCAAACUUUUAGUUCGUCAUUUACAUUUGAUACAUUUACAUGCAGGUCCAAUGCUGCUCAAAUCAAUAAUUCGCAGAAGGUUUUGGAUAUUAAAAAUUCACACAGCCAUAAACAAUUGCAUUUUGCGUUGUAUUCGUUGCAUAAGGCAAAAGGCCCAAGUCAAAACUCAACUUAUGUCAAAUUUACCUCGAAAUCGUGUGGUACCUAGUAAGCCCUUUUCAAUCACAGGUGUAGACUAUGCAGGUCCUGUUCUGUUAACAGAAUGGAGAUCUAGAAGUACAGUAGUUCACAAGGCAUAUAUAGCUGUUUUUGUGUGUUUUUCCACGAAAGCAAUACAUCUCGAACUUGUCUCAGACAUGACUUCUGAUGCGUUUAUUGCAGCAUUAGAAAGGUUCGUUUCUAGGCGAGGUAUACCUACAGAAAUCCAUUCGGAUAACGGUACUACUUUCACUGGAGCGAAUAAAUUGCUACAAAAAUUAUUUCAAAAUGAAAUCUCUACUAAAUUACAAACAACUGCAGUAAAUAAGGGCAUUAAUUGGAAUUUCAUUCCUCCCUACGCGCCGCAUUUUGGCGGAUUGUGGGAGGCAGGGGUGAAAUCUGUAAAGGCUCAUCUGAAUAAGGUACUCAAUCACGAAGGUGUGAGACUGACUUUCGAGCAGUAUAACACCGUUUUAGCUCAAAUAGAAGCCUGCCUCAACUCACGUCCAUUGACACCAGAAUCAAGUGAUCCAAAUGAUUUGAAUGCUUUGACUCCAGGGCACUUUUUGAUCGGAGGUCCGAUAACAGCAAUUCCCAACCCUGAUUUAACAAAUGUGCCUGAUAAUAGGUUGAAAUUUUGGCAGAAAACACAAAAGCUGCACCAGACAUUUUGGCAACGUUGGUCUGCUGAGUAUUUGAACACUCUGCAACAACGAACUAAAUGGAAAUCUGUAAAAGAUGAAUUGAAGGUGGGAAUGCUCGUCAUUAUAAAAGAGCCGGAGGUUCCUCCAACCAAAUGGCCCCUUGGUCGUAUCAAAGAAUUACACGUAGGAAAAGAUAAUCAUACCCGAGUGGUUACUUUAAGUACUGCUAAGGGUGAAAUUACCAGAGCAAUUUCUAGAAUUGUUCUACUACCAAAUGAUGACAAAUUUUAAAAAACAUGCGAAUAUGUUAUUUUCUUAUUUCAGGUCACUCUCAGAAGUAGCUUAAUUCGAUAAUGAGAAAAAUCGUUGGAAGAAUGAAAUCUAAGUUUCAAGAAGAACUUUAUCGAAGGAAUAAUUUAUUUAUUUGAAUAUUGUUAGAAGUUGAAAAUUGUGCAACUUGAUAAUUUUACAUUUAUUUAUUUAUUCUGAAUAAUGAAUACCCCUACUGUUAGAUACGAAUUCAAGGAUCGAUCCGCCGUGAGGGUACUCUCACAACUAAACCCUUUGUGGUUACCUUUAAUUUACGUUGACUUAUAACUCAAUGACUACUCCUGGGGGUUGCUAUAUAAGCGUGCCUCGGAGCUUGCUGUAGGUUGGGUUAAUGUACAACCCAAGUCUUACUAGUACCAGUGAGACUGGAAUUACUAACAGUAGUGUUGCACAAUAUAAUAUGAAAACCUGCAGAUACGUACAUAAAUGAUCAAUCAAUUUCCACGAAGUUCUUUCUUUAUUUCAUCAGUAUUUGAUUUUUUGAAUUUGGGCACUCAUUUGAGUGGGGAGGAUGUUCGAGAACAUUUUAUUUUUAUUUUGAAAGGGUUAAAAAAUGAGUCGUUUUGCGUAUACGUAAUAUUGUUAUCUUGUAUGAGUCAUAUGUCGGGGUAUUUGUCAGCCCGAUCGGCCGGUUCGUUCGGCGCGCGCCACCUGUUAAUAUUUAUACGAUACCUACCAAAUUGUAAAAUGUUGCAUCAUUGUAAUUUUGUAACCUGCCGAAUAAAGAUAUGAUACAGUCCACAAUUUGAUUAUUUACACUAUAGUUUUAUCUUUUUUGAGGAAAAUUUUGAUUCGAGUUCAUCCAGUUUAUCGGAGGUCAAUGCUUAAUUUCCGAACCUCUUUGCAGCCUAGAUAUAGUUAUUUUCAUGUUGAAUGAACUCUAUAUGUAUAUCAGAUAUUGUACCUUACUAUACACAAUGGAAACUCCGACAAAAUGAAAUAGGUACAAUUUAUACCUAAUUUAAAGGCAAUGACUACUUAAUGAUAAUAAGACAUUUUUCGGUCUUAUCGAACUGAAAAAAACCAUACAGGAGCCUUGCACGGGUAGGGGCUUAAAAUUUUUUUAUGUGGUCUCCAUCCUAAAAAAGUAAUAAACUUUCCUCAUCAACUGUUGUGAAAAUCCAUGGCUAUGGUUUUUUUUUUACUCUACCCCAAAGUACUUGGAUCAUAGAUAUUCGCUUGUUUUUCCAUUUCAAAGUCUGAGAUGUAUAUUAUACUUAUUUUUUCAAAUUUAAUUGCAUAUUUUGUCUGAGAGGAGGUAGAAGGGAGGUAAUUUUAAUUUGUAGCUCGAGUGUUUUGUUUCUCCUCUAAAAAUAUUUGUUUUAUACAUAUUUACCUAUUUGUUUCACCGUAGGUAAUACUUGGUUAUGGCACGACUGUCUUAGAUGUGUACAUUUUUUUUCCAAAGUGACUUCAGUUAUCUGACAAUGAAAGGAUGGAGAGGGGGUGCAAUUUUAUUUUCUAGCUCGAGCGUUUUCGUUCAUUUUUCAACAAGAUUGUUGCAUUCACUUACCUACUUGGUUUCAAUCAAGGAUUUAUACGAGACAACCAAAAUGCUGGACGUCGAUUAUACCUACAUUACCUACCCAUAUUGCAGUACCCUACUGUAACAACUAACAAAUUAUCAACAAAUGUUUGUUAACAUAAUUAUAUUGAUUGUGGUAUUUAAAAUUUGAAGUUAUUUCAUGCAUUGGAGAUGGAAGUAAGGCACUAGAAAUACGCCAUUUUUGGUUAUUUGCAGAAAUUUUGUUUGUAGGACUCAGUUUCCUCACGGAAAAAAAAUAGUACUUUCUGAGUAUUAGUAGUUUUUUCACAGAGCAAAAACUACUACCUACUUGAAAACACCUUCAUGGAGAAAUAAGUACGUAUUAUUAGUAGUUUUACGUAAAAAAAAAAAACAAAAUAUAGUAUUAUGAAUUCAAUGCUUAUUUAAUUAUUUUUAUUGAGAUAAUGUAGGUACAUUUAUUUUUUUUAAAUGUACCUACUUUUAAAAAAUUAAUUUAUUAAUUCAUUUGAAGCAUUACAAUACUUAGCUCAAACAGUUUUGAUGAAUAUUUUCAUGUGAACUCUUAUAGUUUUAUCUUUUUUGAGGAAAAUUUUGAUUUGAGUUCAUUCAGUUUAUCGGAGGUCAAUGCCUAAUUACCGAACCUUUUUGCAGCCUAGUUAUUUUCAUGUUGAAUGAACUCUAUAUAUCAGAUAUUGUACCUUACUAUAGAUGCAGAUGAAUAACCGAAUGUAUCAGCUUAUCGUAUGAUUGCAUUUUUUCGCUUCUUCAAAUGUGUGUAGAUAUACUUUCAUUCUUAUACAUUUUUUAUGUAAAUUAUGUUCGAUUUUUACGAGAUUGUUAUAAUUUGGCUCUGUAUGUAUUUUCUUUCGCGAAGUUUGGUUUAUUUUAAAAAUUUAGUACCUACUUACUUUCAAUUCGUUUCGUAAAAUUUUAUACAAAUUUAUAAAAAAAUAACUUGAUAAAUGAUGGUAAAAAUAUUUUUUUCACGGUAAAAGUUAAUUUCAUACCUAUUUAUAAUGGUAACAAAAUUUCAAAGUGCUUUUUUUGCGGAUAUUGCCGCAUUUUUUUCCGUAGUAGGUAUUAAUCGUAAGAAGCUAAGGCUUGUCAUAGAAAAAGUACUUUUGAAAUUUUGUUCUCAACAGUCUACGUUUUUUCCGUAGCUUAAUUAUACAGUCAUUUAAAUUUAAGAAAAUUGUUCAGAGGGAAUUCUCGUAUGGCAACGUUUUACGAUCAUGAUCGAAUGAUAACCUACAGUGUGCCCAGAAAUAUCGAGUACCCCUAUAAAAAAGUUUUUCAUUAAAAAUAUAGGUUGGCAACGUGAAAUAGAUGCAUAUGGUUGGUGGAAUGUGAUCUCUCCAGUCCAACAACCAAUCAUGUGCUAUCAUUAUUAUCAUUCACUGUGACCAACCCAAAGUAUUUAACAGAAAACUUUUUUAGGAUCGAUAUUUCUGGGCACCCUGUACCAUGUACCUACAUAUUACAAUUACAUAGCUAAAUCAUAGGAGUGCUCGAGCGAGCGCCCUCCAGCAAGUAACAAAAACCUUCAGCACUUACAGAAAACGUAAAAAAAUGUUCACCGUUUGCUGUAAAAUUGCAUUACAGCAGUCUACAGUCCAUUUUGACUUUUGAGUCAGUCAUGAGUGCUCAAAAACUCUAUAAUUUUUUACGUUUUCUGUCAAUUCUGUAGCGUUCUGUAGAACGCUCGAACACCCCUCAUAAUAUUAUACCCUUAUUAUUACUUACUAUCCUAAUCAAAGAUUAUACCAGUACCUGCAUCAUAAUUCUUUAAAAUAGGUACUUAAUUCACAUGCUUUUAAUAAUUGUGUAACUUACACGAAAUUAAUUAUUACUCGUCGAUUGUCGAUUAAUUUGGAAGAAGAAGGUUAAUUUCUCCUUCGUACAUAAAUUAUUUCAAGUCACGUCUUGUUGAAAUCAUCCAAAAACCAAAGAGUCGCUCCAGCUCUGAUGGUAUAUGAAUUACAAAGGGAUUAAAUUUCUAUAUACCUAAGACAAGCGGUGGGAUUUAUUAGCUGUCAGGUUCAAUUUAUUUUCUUGUAAAAAAUUAUUCGGUUUCUUUAUUUAAAAACAAGUAAGUAUACCUAUUAAAAGUUCACUUGUAUUAAAAUGAUCUAAUUACUUAAUUAAUAAAAAGGUAUUUCAUAAUAAAUUUUAUAACAUUUAAUUAAUAAUUUGAGAUUAAUAACAGCAAUAGCCGGCCCUUGAUAAAUUAUUAUUAAUAUCGCACCUUGGGAGUAAUAAGGUUACAUCUAAAAAAAAAAUCGAUUUUGACAUUUUUGCAUUUUUGGGGUUUGUAUACCCCCCCCCCCCCAACAAAAAAUAACACUUUGAGUUGGGUACGUUAUCUAGAUCUUGUAAAACCGCAAAUGGCCUACCUAACUCAAAAUCCCAACAACAUUGUAUGUUGUUUGGAGGUAUAAGGAUACAUCUCAAGAAACUCCGUCUUCUUUUGGGUAAAUUUCUUAAGUACUUAAAAAGUGUUAAAAAACAGUUUUGAUUGUUUCGAAUGUUGUCGCAGAUAGAAAUAGUCACAAGAAGUGCAUUUUUUAUUGGUUUGUACCAAAUGGAAAUUUUUUUUUUAAAUUGAUCACUUUUCAAAAAAAUGAAUUUGCACACAUAGGUACCUAACGAAAUUUUAGUUUUUUGAGAAAAACUCAAAAACUAAGCACUCUAGAAAAAAACUAACGACAUUAGGUCGAUUUGAAAUUUAAUUCUCUACAACUUUGUCGACAUGAAAUUUUUUUGGGCGCUUCCUUUCGCCUCCAGAUCAAUUUUAAUCAAAGGUUAUAGGUAACUCAAAAUGUUUUACAAACAUGGAAAUAUUUCCUCUUUAAGAUUUUAUUUUUCAAAGUAUUCUUAUGCUAAAUGAAGGUUCGAUACCAGAUCUUUAAAAUGCGGUGCUAUUCAUUCCUCACAAUUAAUCCUAAGUUGAUGAAAAUAAUGAAUCGAGUUUUUAAAAAAAAUAAAAUCACUCUCCUGUAAAAUUUCACUUUUUUCAUAGACAAACCUAUAAAACACAAUCCGAUAACACCAAAAAUUAUACCUUACCAAACUAUAGAGAUAUCAAUUGUUUGUGUUCAUUUACUGAAUACAUUCGUGUUUUGGCACCUGUAACAAAUUAUCAAAAUGUUUGUUAACAUAAGUAUACUUAUUUCAAAUUUAAAGCUAUUUCAUGCAUUGGAGGUACGAGUAUAGGCGAAGUGUUCGCAUACGCCAUUUUGCAGGCAUCCCAAUUGGUCCCUUUUUUUUAGGAACUUGUCCUUUUUUUCAAUCAUGGUCCUUAUAAAAGUCCUUUUUUCUCACAAAGUCCUUUUUAAGUCCUUAUUUUUAUGAUUUUCCUUCGUCUAGAAAAAAAUUAUAAUUGUACCUAUAAAAAAGAGAAAAAAUUGCGUAAAAGUUGAAAAAAAAAUUCAGUAAAAUAGUGAUUUUUUUAUUUCAUAAAUUUUUUUAUAAGUAUUUUCAUAAUCUUAUCAGAAUUUAUAGUGAAAAUUUGAAAAAUAUAUUUCCAACGUUGAAUACGUCUGAACCUUUUUUUUUUACAAUUUUUCGAUUUAGUAGACUUCUGAACUGCAUAGAAAAAGUGUUUGUUUCAUUUUAUUGAAGAAGGGGGGUGGGGGGGUGAGAUUCAGUUGAAGUGCAAGAUUAGAAAAGCCAAAACUGUUUAAAAAUCUAAAAAAAGUUAUUUACUUACACCUACGUAGCAAUAUUUUGAUCAACUUAUUCUGUUCUUGUUCUACAUUUUUGGUUUGGUUUUUCCGCAAACCUGAUAAACUAACCAUGCAGGACAACUUUUGAGAAAUUUUUUUUUAUUUUUAUGUGAGUAAUUUGAGAAUUUAAUUCCACAUAAGGUACUAUGAUGGCAAGCAUUUUGCUAGUAGAUAAGAUAUACUUACAUUACCGUUAGAAAAGACACUCAUAAUCCAGACAUUUUCCGAAAGUAAUCUCUAUCUUGUGUGGAUCUGCGCUGAUAGUAGAUUGCAGGCAAUAGGACUUUAUUACGGGUACUUCAUUAAAAUCCUUCGAUAAAUUAGUUACCGCAAAUAAAUGCCCAGCUUUCAAGAGGGCACAUUUUCUCUGAGUGACCUCUUAUAUUCCAGCGCAAGGGAUUUACAGCAUUACUUAUAUUUGUAAAAUUCAAAUGAAAACAACAGAAACACAGUAAAAGUAAUUAAUUAAUUUAAAUAAACUUUUCUACACACGUAAAUUAUACUCGUUGAUAACACCGAACCUGUAAUCAAUGAAAACAAUCCUCAGUCUGUGAUUUUUCCGGCUGAAUAGACCAGUGGAGAUUUUUGGACAUAUAAAAUUGAAAUUUUAAUUUUCUGAAAGCUCGACUUCAAAAAGAAUGAUUAUAAUUUAUUGAAGAAAAGGUAAAUUACAGCUCGAGCGACAUUUUCUGGAGUCAGCUUAUCAGGGUAGUGAUGUUAGUGAUAUGUUGUUUAGGGCGACAUUCUAGUUCUACACGUUUUAGAAAAAAGUCCCCUUUGAUCAGAAUUUUUCCGACCUUUGGCUUAUUUCAUAUCUAUUUCUCCUGGGAGUACUGGGCUAAUUGUUUCAUUUGGUUUUAAUUGCAAUUUGUCAAUGAUUUUGAUUAAAAUUUAAUUUUACCAUGGCGCCCACAGUAUUAGACUAGAUAGGUGGAAAAGACAAGAGAGAGCAAAAUCCUGUUCUGACGAAGUCCACAUUCAUGUGCAGUGUGGAUUCUCGAAAAUUCACUCUCAACCGCAAUGUCUCGCCGACUAGCUCGGUCCAUGUAUCUAAUAGUCAAAGCAUGUCAAAGGAUGGGAUUUAUUAGCUGAUGUCAGGUUCAAUUUAUUUUCUUGUAAAAAAAUUAUUCGAUUUUUUAAUUUGAAAACAAUUAUUAAAAGUUUACUUUUAUUAAAAUUAGAUGUCUAAUUAAUAAAAAAUUAUUUCAUAAUAUUUUAUAAUAUUUAAUUGAUACUCAAUUCGAGUUUAUUAACCUGCAAUAGCCGGCACUUGAUAAAUUAUAUUAAUAUUUGCUUAUAAUUUGAAACAUUCUAUAGCCUGAAAUAGGUAAUCCUCGUGAGUUUCAAGUUCCAAACGGCACAUUAGUUGAUUAAUUUGAGUUGAAAACAUAGAACUUAUUGCGUGUCCUCAAUUGAGGUACCUACUUACCUAUAUUUGUCCUCCAUUACACAUGAAUUAGUGUGUAAUUGGAGACAACCAAAAUUUUGUUUGUAAUGUGAAUAGAUCUGCGAAAAAACAUGAUUUAUCAACGUUUAAAAGUGUUAUCAACGUAUAAUAGCCUCAACACCUGCCAAAAACGUAAAAAUCAAACGUUAAGAGAUAGUUAAGAGGGAGAGGAAUUUGAUGAAUAAAAAUCCCCACGCUAAAAUUGCGAGUAAAAUGUGAAAAUGAACUUUUUUUUUCUUCAAGGAAUUGAUUUCUAACAAAAGCUGAAAUGUUGUAAUAUAAAUAGGUACCUUCUGUACCUACAUAAAUACUUAUUAUACAAUUUAUACGCAUGAAAAUCGGUAGGUUUUAUAUUUCGCUUCGAGACCUUACCGUUUAUCUUCAUCAUGUAGUACUAAGUUUGACUGGAGACUGGAGGAUGUUUUCUACUAAAUUUAUGUAAAUGUGAUUGGUGUAUUUAAUAUCUAACCAAACUGAACAGCGAUUUCUAUCAAGUACCUAACUACAUACCUAUGGUAUUAAUUGUAUCAUAUGAAUUCGAUUAUAAAUAACUAUUUAUUUCAAUUUUAUUUAAAUUACGUUAAUAUUUUAAUUCGAUCUAAUUUAAUUAAAUAUCAAUUCAAUGUUUUUUUUAAUGGUCAAUGCCAAAUUUCCGAACCUCUUUGUAGCCUAGAUAUUUUCAUGUUGAAUGAACUCUGUGUAUCAGAUAGAUGAACCGAAUUAUUUUUGUUUGUACAUCAAUACUUAAUUGCGUAUUUUUAUUUUUUUAGUACAUUGUAUAAGAUUGUAAUUUUUUUCUUUUUCUUUCUUCUUUCUUCAAAUGUGUGUACUUUCAUUCGUAUAAAUUUAUUUUGUAAAUUAUGUUCGAUUUUCAUGCGAUUUUCGUAUUAAAUACAUGCUUUUGUUAUAA